CUUCUUACUAGUCAAGUUCUUGCCAUAAGAUGUGCCUGAUUUAGUGCGUGUUGAAUUUUUUUGGUAAGUGGAAAAUGGACGCCAACCCCGACUCGCCGGACUCGCUGGCCAGCGACCAGCUGACCGUCGACCUGUUGAGUCCUCGUGCCAAGCGACGCCGAAUCGACGUCGAUAGACGCGACGGGACGCCAGACGUCAAGAACAACAACAACGACGUGGGAUUCGUGCUCAUGGACAACGAGAACCACGAGAACGGCACCGAGGACGACGAAGAAGAGCGCCUGACGGCCGGCGGCCAUGGUUCUCUAGCCCUCAGCGGCAGUUCUCCGGGCUACGGCGCGGGCGGCUCCGGGGCGCACCACCGGGGCUCCGGAGGGCUCCACCACAGCUCCGCCAUGCAACACCAGCUGCCGCAGCCGGAUUUCCAGCCGCCGUACUUCCCGCCACCGUUUCACCACCCCCCUAGUCCGCCGCCCCAGCAGCACCUCGAGUACCUCACUGAUCCGUAUGGGGGCCUCUCCGGCCUCCACCACUACAACCAGUUGGGACUGAGGCCCCGCGAGGGCGACCCCAACCAUACGCACGUGAGUCAGCUGGGCCAUGGUGCCGGUUUUCCGUAUAGCUCGGCGCCAGGCGGCGGCCGACCCGACUACUCCGUGUCGACCCAGCAGCGCCCCCACGACGACCCCCUGUCGCUCCACCAGGCUUUGGGACAGGCGGUCGAGGAGGCCCAGGGUGGCAUCGACGACAACACCGGUUUCAUAUCCGACUUACCUCUCCUAAAAGGUAUGAAAGGGGGCAAGGACCACGGCGGAGGCGCGAUGGUGUCACCCAGCGACGUCUUUUGUUCGGUUCCGGGGCGGCUGUCCCUCCUCUCCUCAACCUCAAAGUACAAAGUAACAGUAGGUGAAGUACAACGGCGUUUGUCGCCCCCAGAGUGUCUCAACGCGUCGCUACUGGGGGGCGUCUUGCGACGGGCAAAGAGCAAGAACGGGGGGCGCAUCCUGCGGGAGAAGUUGGAGAAGAUCGGGCUUAAUCUCCCAGCAGGAAGGCGGAAAGCCGCCAAUGUGACUCUUUUGACGUCACUGGUGGAGGGCGAGGCUAUCCACUUGGCGCGCGAUUUUGGCUACGUGUGCGAGACGGAAUUUCCUGCGAGACAGGUGGCGGAGUACCUGCUGAGGCAGCACGGGGAGACGCCCCGCAGGAAGGAGCUGCUUCAAGCCACCAAACAGAUCACCAAGGAACUAAUGGAUCUCCUCAAUCAGGAUCGGUCACCGCUGUGCAAUACGAGGCCUCAGAUCCUCCUCGACCCCUCGAUACAACGACACUUGACGCACUUUUCGCUCAUUAGCCACGGGUUUGGCAGUCCGGCCAUAGUGGCGGCGCUCACCGCCAUCCAGAACUUUUUAAGUGAAUCGUUGAAACAUUUAGAUAAAGUGUUUCCCAACCAAAAUACACAACAAGGACAGGCCAUGUUAGUUACUUCGUCGCUUGACAAAGCCAAAUUAGAGGACAAGAAGUGACCAUUUAAUAAACUUUUAUGUGUUGUGAUCUGAAGAUUACGCUACUAAUCUCGUGGAUAUAGCGUCGUCUACUUUGUUUAAGACUUUGUUAUAAGUAUUAUUGUAAUUGUUUUUUAUUGUAAUUAUGCUGAUUGAUAUGAAAUAUAUUUUUUUCAAACAGU